AUGGCACAAGGAUAUCUCGACUUAGAAGAAAAUAUGGACAUGGAAUUGAAAAUUAUAGGAGAAGAGUACUUUGAAAACUUGGCCAUGCGUUCCUUCUUCCAAGAUUUUGAAAAAGAUGAGUGUAAUGAUAUGAUAAGAAGUUGCAAAAUGCAUGAUAUAGUGCAUGACUUUGCUCAAUUAAUAAUGAAAAAUGAAUGCUUUUCAAUUGAAGUCAAUGGUGAUAAAGAGUUUGGGAUAGACUCUUUCCACAAAAGUAUUCGUCAUUUGUCAAUAACACCUAGAGGAGAAACACAAUUUCCUGUGGCAGUGUACACGGCAAAAAAUUUACGCACUCUCUUACCUUUGAAGACUUCAUUCUCAAACAUUAACCAUGUCCUGCCUGAUUUACUACAACAUUUGACAUGUUUACGUGCAUUAAAUCUGAGUUGUAGUUCUAUUGAGAAACUUCCGGAUGGGGUGGAAAAAUUAAUACAUUUAAGAUUCAUUGACAUAUCUUAUAACAGUAAAUUGAAGGUAUUGCCUGAAUCAAUAUGUAAUUUGUGUAAUUUACAAACUUUGAAUGUUAGUAGAUGUCAUGGCAUUGAGAAACUGCCUCAAGGGAUGAGUAAACUAAUUAAGUUAAGACAUCUUGUUCUUCAUGGGAUUAAUUUUACCAAGCCAUUUCCAAUGGGUAUUGGGAAAUUGAGUUCUCUUAGAACAUUGGAGCAAUUCGUUGUAAGUGGUAGGGGUGAUAUUGGAGGAUGUAAACUCGAAGAAUUGAAACUUUUGAACCACCUUCAAGGAGCUCUUGUGAUAAAAGGGUUGGGAAAUGUGAUAGAUGUGGUUGAGGCUGAGAAUGCACAUCUCAAAGAGAAAAUACACCUUUGUCGUGUGCGUUUAAAUUUUGAUGGGACCAGUGAAGAGAGUAGAAGAAUGGAGAAUAAUGUACUAAUUCUCAAUGUCUUAGAGCCACAUCCAAACUUAGAGCAUUUACAAAUCUAUUGGUAUGAAGGCAGCACAAUGUUUCCCAAUUGGAUUAUGUCCUUAACCAAACUGAAAAAGCUUGAAAUCAUAGAUUGCAAAAAUUUAGAUUCUCUACCUCCUUUGGGGAAGCUUCCAUUCCUUGAAUCAUUAGAAAUACGAAAUGCAGAUAGUGUGAAAAAGGUGGGAGUUGAAUUUUUGGGAAUAGAAUUUAAAGACAAGAAAUACAAGGGAUUAACAGCAUCACUUAUCUUGUUCCCAAAUUUGAAAUCUCUAACAUUUUGGAACAUGAAAGAGUGGGAAGAAUGGGAUGGGAUUAGGGGGUUGAAAGAAGAAGAUUGCUUUACUAUAAUGCCCUGUCUUCUGUAUUUGGAAAUUGUUGGCUGCCCUAAGCUAAAGGCACUGCCACACUUUUUUCAUACAACUCCAUUGAAGGAAUUGUGUAUUAGGGAGAGUCCAAUUCUCAAAGAAGAUUGCCAAAAAAGAGAUAAUGGACCCAAGAUUAUUCAUAUCCCAAGAAUCUACAAUAUUCACCUGAAUCUUGAAGAAGAAGAUCAUUGA